AGAAAACGCAACACCUCACAACGUGAUACGACAAUCUGUUUGGUCGUUUCCUAUUCAUUCUUCCUCCACUUUCCUUUUCUCUGUUAAACUCUGUCACCACCACAAAAACAUGUAGGGAAAAUUCAACAAACUGCCAAAUCAAAAGCCUUUUUUCUGCUCCAUCAUCCUCAGCAAUUGAAUUCAGAUUACUGGGGCCCUUCAAAACAGGAGAUUCUUCAUUAUCCAUACAGAGGGCCAAACAAUACUGGGGCUGAAGGAAGUGAGGAGUUUUUACUCUUUACUCUGACCCUUUUGAUUUUUAGUUUUUCCUCUGCACAAGAAAUUGGGAAGAAAGAUGGAAGUGAUGGCAUACCAGUUUUCUCGGUUACCAUACUCAGAUUCGCUCAAACUGCUAGAGGCUGAUAUACAACAAGCAAAUGCUUUGGCCGCUGAAAUAACCAGGACAAAGGGUGGGACUCUUCUCCAAAUGAAAUUGGCUUACAACCAUUUGGCUCCUCUCUUUCUGUUGUUGCUACAGUGGAUGGAUUUUUCUUGUACAUGCUUACUACUCAGAUAUCUUGACCUCUUUCACAUAGUUGUAUCCAAGGUACACAACGAUGGUAGAUCAAAUAUGACUCCUCCUGGAAGGAAAGCAACCAUCAGGGAGUUUUAUGCUAUUAUUCUGCCAUCUCUUCAAAGACUUCAUGGUAGCAUAGAAAGCUCAAGUUAUGGCAAGAAAUUGAUUGAAGGAGAUGCAAAACCAAUCCAUGUGGAUUUGGAAAGAGAAGAUGAAUGUGGGAUAUGCUUAGAGCCUUGCACUAAAAUGGUUUUACCUAAUUGCUGUCAUGCCAUGUGUAUCAAAUGCUACCGCAAGUGGAACAAAUUGUCAGAGUCUUGCCCUUUUUGCCGUGGUAGCUUAAGGAGAGUUAAUUCUGAGGAUCUGUGGGUACUCACUUGUAAUGAAGAUGUUGUUGAUGCUGAAACAGUUUCCAAGGAGGACUUGUUACGUUUCAACCUUUAUAUCAAUAACCUACCUAAAGAUCACCCGGAUGCACUUUUCUUAAUGUAUUAUGAGUAUCUGAUUUGAUAAAUAUAUUUCAGUGUACAUACAGGGAAAUCCAUACUGCAAUUGUGAAUAGAGUCUGGUAAGAAAUAUUUCUGAUCAUCUAAGGUACAACAUUGCAGAGAUAUAUGUGGAAUUGUUGUCCAGAAUGUAGAGUACUAUUACAACUUACCACGAACCAGUUGUUUGAGUUCAAGUUACACUUUUUCUAAGAAUCUAAUUUAGAUGUA